AUGCCGCGAACCGAGCCUGAGUUUUGGCCAACAAGAGCCAUCUUUGUCGGAGACCACGGACAGUUGAUACUCGUUAAGAAGCCAAGCGGUGAUAGAGACUAUCUUGUGCUCUCGCAUUGCUGGGGCAAGCCUACGAAGGAAGGAUGGGAGCGCUUGUGCACGACUCCACAAAAUUAUCGCUGUCGAUUGAAUGCCUUUUGCUUGGAUAACCUGCCAAAGACGUUUCGGGAUGCGAUCGAGGUGACGCGGGAGCUUGGGAAACAACACUUGUGGAUUGGUGCCUUAUGCAUUGUCCAAGGGCCCCACGGUGAUUGGGAAAGCGAGUCUGGGAGGAUGCAGCAUGUGUUUUCCAAUGCUUACUGCACCAUAGCCGCAGAUUCAGCUGCUGGGUGGAAGGAUGGUUUUCUCAAGCCUAGCCUUUGGGAUCAGAUCGUCCUGGGAAGUGCGGAUUGUGACUGUGAUUUCAAAUCGGGUGUUGGUGAAGGGUAUCUGAUGAAAAGAGCCUGGGUUAUUCAAGAGCGGGAAUAUUCGAAAUGCGGGCUUACCUACAAAUCCGAUAGAGACACGGCGUUACAAAGCCUGCUUGAGCGUAUGAGCCGUGAACUGGCCACCGAUGUGAAAUAUGGCAUUGCACGGUGCUUUAUAGGCAGCCUGCUGCUCUGGAAACGGACUGCCAAAGAAAUGACAUCGCCGAUCGGGUAUGAGCGACGUACUGUCCCAUCUUGGUCCUGGAUGGCGUAUGACGGCAGCAUCGAGUUUAUUGAUAAGUUUCGAUAUGAGCUUAGGAUACCUCAAUCCUCGGAUCUAGAAUUCGCCCAAGACGGUGAAGACCUGGUCAAGAUCAGGAAAUUCGAAAAUUGCCGCUUGGGAGAGAACAAGAGAGACAAUGAGUAUAUUGUUAGAGCUUUACGCGGUGCAAUUGAGGAGGUAGGGUCGAUAUGGUAUGACAUGAAGGACCAAAUCGAAUUCAACUACUGCGUCGUAGUUGAGGUCAAUGGGACAGAAAAUAGGGACAACAAUCCGAAGGACUACUUAGUUUAG